UGUGGAGCACCACCUUUUCCUUUUAUAUAUAUUUCCAUUCACCAUUUUGACGGAGAGAGGAGAGGAGGGUUGUUGAUGUUAACGUUCAGACUCGCCUCUCUCGAGACGCUCCGUAUUGAUUAUUGAAUGUGAUACACAAACCGGCUAUAGCGCCCUUCGCUGAAUCUAUAAACUCGAGUUGAGGCUACCGUUGUCUGUUCAACGUCUCUUGCCAACAGAAGAAGAAGGCUUCUUUGCUGUAUUCUUUUUGCACACCUUGGAAAUAUCGAUCUCCUUUUAUAUUCGAAUCCAUUUGUGAAUUUGACAUGCUUUUCCGUGACUCCCAUCUUCUUGUUUUCCCCUUCUCAUUGAAUCUCCGGUGAUCGCACUUCUUCGACUUGCUUCUGUACGACCCAUCUCACGAUUUUUCUCUUAAUCGAAGAAUGGCUGCUGCUGCAUUUCACCAAGCAAUUGGGGCAAUUCAGACUUAUGGAGGCUGCAACGAAUCUGGAUCUCAGAAGACAUUUGGGAAUUCCUCUGUGAAGUUGGUUUCAAAUGGUCAUGGGUUUAAUGAUGGAUUACUGAGAAGAGGAAGUAGCAACACCUGUGGGUGGAAAUUAGGUGUAAUUCAUGCCUCAACUUCUCACACUUCUAUGGCCGAUCCAGUUUCAUCCCCCACAAACAGAAACACAAAUGAAUCACGAAAGAAAUCAAAUGAAGCUGCUUUGAUAUUGAUUCGGCAUGGUGAGUCUUUGUGGAAUGAGAAAAAUCUGUUUACUGGUUGUGUUGAUGUACCCUUAACCAAAAAGGGUGUAGAAGAGGCACUUGAAGCCGGUAAGAGAAUUAGCAACAUACCUGUCGACAUGAUCUACACAUCCUCACUGAUACGUGCUCAGAUGACUGCUAUGCUUGCCAUGACCCAGCACCGUCGUAAGAAGGUGCCAAUUGUCAUACAUAAUGAAAGUGAGCAGGCAAAAACAUGGACUCGUAUUUUCAGUGAGGAAACUAAGAAACAAUCUAUUCCAGUUAUGGCAUCUUGGCAACUGAAUGAAAGAAUGUAUGGAGAGUUGCAAGGUCUUAAUAAGCAGGAAACGGCAGAUAGGUAUGGAAAAGAAAAAGUGCAUGAGUGGCGUCGUAGCUACGAUAUUCCUCCCCCCAGGGGUGAGAGCUUGGAAAUGUGUGCUCAAAGAGCAGUUGCUUAUUUCAAAGAGCAAAUUGAACCCCAACUUCUAUAUGGGAAGAAUGUGAUGAUUGCUGCCCAUGGGAAUUCUUUGCGUUCCAUUAUCAUGUAUCUUGACAAAUUGACUUCUCAGGAGGUUAUUAGCUUAGAACUGUCAACUGGGAUUCCACUGCUCUACAUAUUUAAAGAAGGGAAAUUUAUCAGGAGGGGGAGUCCAGUAGGUCCUACAGAAGCUGGUGUUUAUGCUUAUACUAGGAGUUUAGCUCAGUACCGGCAAAAGUUAGAUGAAAUGUUGCACUAGUGUACUUCAGGAGCAGGUUUCUUUGUUACAUGUUCAAUAUUAAUCCCCGUUGGCAUCAUAUUAGCUUAUAAAGUACAUGUAUGGAAACUACUUCGCAACCAACAGUUUAAUUUUCAUCUGCAGUUGGGGAAGAAGUGGCUUCCUCUAAUUUUCUUUUGAUUUAGGUGCUUGGCAAUGUAUUGUUUUCAGGGAUAUUAGUGGAUAUUUGUUGAUUUAUGAGGGAUCUUGAAACUCAUAAUUCUGUAUAAGGGACUGAAAUAAGACAAUGUAAUUGUCUUUUUGUAUUGUUUGAA